CAGCCAAUCAGGCGGGGACAGUCAAGGAAGGAUUCUAUCACAUAAGAAUUCUCCACCACUCGCGCCAAUUUCAUCAGAAAAUUUUGAUUGAUCACCAAACUAGUCCCGUACACACGUCCACAGAGAUGAAAAGUGAAAAGACAUCAUGAUAUAAUUGAGAUGGGCAUGCUUUAGAUACAACUUCAUGUUUCAGAUAUGGAGGGCAGAAACGCUAAGGCUCACGCUGUGCUACUAUCAAGCCCUGGCCUAGGCCACCUCAUCCCAGUCCUGGAGCUUGGAAAGCGCCUGGUGACUGUCAAUAAUUUCAAGGUUACAAUCUUUGUUGUUUCCUCUCUGACAGCAGCAGCAGAAUCACAGGUCCUCCAAUCCUCCAUGAGCCCGGAGCUCUGUGAAGUCAUCAGGCUCCCACCAGCCAAUAUCUCCGACCUUGUUGAUGCUGACGCUGCUGUGGUUACACGAAUAGCAGUUCUAAUGCGUGAAAUUAGGCCAGCUCUUUCAUCUGCAAUCUCUGCUUUGAAAUACCCUCCAACUGUCCUUAUAGUUGAUUUAUUCGGAACUGAAUCUUUAGGGUUUGCUGAUGACUUUAAGAUUCCAAAGUUUGUUUUCAUCCCCUCGCAUGCAUGGUUUCUCGCACUGACUAUAUAUCUUCCAAGAUUAGAUGAGGUGGUGAAAGGAGAGUAUGUUGAUGAGAAAGAAGCUCUGUUUAUCCCUGGAUGCAGGCCCGUUCAACCUGAAGAUGUAGUCGAUCCAAUGAUGUGCCGAUCGGAUCAACAAUAUGCAGAGUACGUACAUAUGGGCAUGAAUAUUCUAAUGGCUGAUGGGAUUUUGGUUAGCACAUGGGAGGAACUGGAGCCUGAAACACUUGCUGCUUUGAGAGAUAAUAAGCUCCUGGGUCGUAUCAGCAAGGUGCCAAUCUAUCCGGUUGGGCCAAUGAUAAGGCCGAUCGGAGCAGUCGAUCACUCAAGCAAAAAGCUACUAUUUGAUUGGUUAGACAAGCAACCGAGUGUAUCUGUGCUUUUUGUAUCGUUUGGGAGUGGAGGGAUGCUGUCAAACGAGCAAAUGAGGGAGUUGGCGUGGGGUUUAGAGCUAAGCCGACAGAGGUUCAUUUGGGUGGUUCGAACACCAGCUGUAAAAUCCGGUGAUGGCUCAUUUUUCAGUGUUGGGAGUGGCAGCAGCAACGACAAACUAAGCUUUUUGCCUGAAGGAUUCUUGGGCCGGACCCAAAAUCUGGGGUUGGUAGUCUCAGAUUGGGCUCCACAAGUUGAAAUUUUAAGCCACCCAUCUGUAGGAGGAUUUUUCUCGCACUGUGGCUGGAACUCAACCUUAGAAAGUAUCAUGAAUGGGGUGCCGAUGAUCGCUUGGCCCUUGUACGCAGAGCAGAAACUGAAUGCUACAAUGUUGGCAGAGGGGCUGAGAAUAGCUGUGCGAUCGAAAAUAUUGCCAUCAAAGGGAAUUGUGGGGAGGGAGGAGAUAAAGAUGUUGGUAAGAAAGAUGUUGGUAAGAAAGAUAAUGGUGGAUGAUGAAGGUCGUGCAAUGAGGGCUAGAGUCAAGGAGCUGAAAUUGAGCGCAGAAAGAGCUUGGACUAGGAAUGGUUCUUCUUGGAAAGCAUUGGCUCAAGCAAUGUGUUAAUCUUUUCUCUAUCAUUUGAAUUGCAUUUGGUCGUGUCUCUUAAAAACAAAAAAAAAAAAUUAUAGUAUUACUAUUAUAUGUGUGGGAAAUUGUGAAGAUUACAAUUUCUUAUGAUGUGAUGUUAAUUUUUUAUUUAUAUAGAUUGCAAGAAAUGAUAUUGUUUUUAA